AUGUUGGGCACCGAAGGUGGCAAGGGAUUCGUGGUGAAGGUCCGGGGCUUGUCUUGGUCUUGCUUGGCCGAUGAAGUGCAGCAGUUUUUUUCUGACUGCAAAAUUCAAAAUGGGGCUCAAGUUAUUCGUUUCAUCUACACCAGAGAAGGCAGACCCAGUGGCGAGGAUUUAGUUGAACUUGAAUCAGAAGAUGAAGUCAAAUUGGCCCUGAAAAAAGACAGAGAAACUAUGGGACACAGAUAUGUUGAAGUAUUCAAGUCAAACAACGUUGAAAUGGAUUGGGUGUUGAAGCAUACUGGUCCAAAUAGUCCUGACACGACCAAUGAUGGCUUUGUACGGCUUAGAGGACUCCCCUUUGGAUGUAGCAAGGAAGAAAUUGUUCAGUUCUUCUCAGGGUUGGAAAUUGUGCCAAAUGGGAUAACAUUGCUGGUGGACUUCCAGGGCAGCAGUAUGGGGGAAGCCUUCGUGCAGUUUGCUUCACAGGAAAUAGCUGAAAAGGCUGUAAAGAAACACAAGGAAAGAAUAGGGCACAGGUAUAUUGAAAUCUUUAAGAGAAGUUGAGCUGAGGUUAGAACUCACUAUGAUCCACCACGAAAACUUAUGGCCAUACAGUGGCCAGGUCCCUAUGACAGACCUGGGGCUGGUAGAGGGUAUAACAGCGUUGGAAGAGGAGCUGGCUUUGAAAGGAUGAGGCGUAGUGCUUAUGGUGGAGGUUAUGGAGGCUAUGAUGAUUAUAAUGUCUAUAAUGAUGGCUAUGGAUUUGGGUCAGAUAGAUUUGGAAGAGACCUCAAUUAUUGUUUUUCAGGAAUGUCAGAUCACAGAUAUGGGGGUGGUGGCUCUACUUUCCAGAACACAACAGGACACUGUGUACACGUGUGGGGAUUACCUUACAGAACUACUGAGAAUGACAUUUUUGGUGUCUUCCUGCAGUGGCUAAGGCAGCAGUUGGGAGAGGCUGAGUCAGGGGCUGCCAAAUAA